GAGAGCUUCACAACUUCAGAGCCGUCUGUCUCUUUUUUUUCUGAUCGAAUCCGGAGAUUUACUUUUGUCACUUUCUCGUGGUGGAGAUCAUAAGGUCCCCAUUUCUCUUCACGAACCCGACCGCUCGAUUUCUUCUUCUCCUUCUUCUGUGUAUCACGAGAUUCAUUUCUCUUCGUUACUCACCUUUUGUUUUGUAAUUAAUAUUGCUUUCGGAUUUCAAUUCCGUCUUCCUCUCAAUUGGGUUUUAAUCUCUUUUUGCUAAUAACAAUUUUAGCCCAAAAGAAGAACCUUUUUUUUUUCAAAUACCCAGCACGGGAGAAGGUUAAAAAAACAGAGUGAUAGUGAUAGUGAUUGUGUGAGUAUUUGAGACAAAACAGGGAGAGAGAUGGCCAGGAACUUUGAGAAAAUGGCAUCAAUAGAUGCCCAACUGAGGCUACUAGCGCCAAGGAAGGUGUCUGAGGAUGACAAGUUGGUCGAGUAUGAUGCGUUGCUGUUGGAUCGAUUUCUUGAUAUAGUGCAGGAUCUACAUGGAGAGGGUAUCAGAGAAACGGUACAAGAAUGUUACGAACUCUCCGCUGAGUAUGAAGGGAAGCGUGACACUCAAAAGCUGGAGGAGCUUGGGAAGGUUCUAACAAGUUUGGAUCCUGGCGAUUCUAUCGUUCUUUCCAAAUCAUUUUCCAAUAUGCUUAACUUGGCUAACUUGGCUGAGGAGGUUCAAAUUGCUUACCGGCGUAGGAUAAAGUUGAAGAAGGGGAAUCUUGCUGAUGAGAGUUCAGCAACAACUGAAUCCGAUAUUGAAGAGACGAUUAAGAGGCUUGUGGUUGAUUUGAAGAAAUCCCCUGAAGAAGUUUUCGAUGCUUUGAAGAACCAGACUGUGGAUUUAGUCUUCACUGCACAUCCCACGCAAUCUGUUCGCAGAUCUUUGCUGCAAAAGCAUGCAAGGGUACGGGAUUGCUUGACUCAGUUGUAUGCGAAGGACAUUACUCCUGAUGAUAAGCAAGAACUUGACGAGGCUCUACAGAGAGAGAUUCAAGCUUGUUUUCGUACUGAUGAAAUCCGGAGGGCGCCUCCUACUCCACAAGAUGAAAUGAGAGCAGGAAUGAGCUACUUCCAUGAGACAAUCUGGAAAGGCGUACCAAAAUUCUUGCGCCGUGUUGAUACUGCUCUGAAGAACAUAGGGAUAAAUGAACGUAUUCCUUACAAUGCUCCCCUCAUUCAAUUCUCUUCUUGGAUGGGUGGGGAUCGUGAUGGUAACCCCAGAGUAACUCCUGAAGUUACACGGGAUGUUUGUUUAUUAGCUAGAAUGAUGGCCGCUAACUUGUACUUCUCCCAGAUAGAGGAUCUCAUGUUUGAGUUGUCCAUGUGGCGCUGCAAUGAAGAGCUCCGUGCUCGUGCUGAUGAACUUCAUAGGUCUUCAAAGAGAGAUGCAAAACACUACAUAGAAUUCUGGAAACAGGUCCCCCCGAGUGAGCCUUAUCGUGUUGUUCUUGGUGAUGUGAGGGACAAGCUGUAUAAUACACGUGAACGUUCUCGUCAGUUGUUAUCAAACGGGAUUUCUGAGGUCCCCGAGGAUGCAACUUUCACUGACAUUGAGCAGUUCCUGGAGCCACUCGAGCUUUGCUACCGAUCACUAUGUGCUUGUGGUGAUCGUCCAAUAGCUGAUGGAAGCCUUCUUGAUUUUCUGCGACAAGUUUCUACUUUUGGCCUUUCACUUGUGAGACUUGAUAUUCGCCAAGAAUCUGAUAGGCAUACUGAUGUCAUUGAUGCGAUCACAAAGCACCUGGGCAUUGGAUCUUAUCGAGAAUGGUCAGAGGAAAAGAGGCAGGAAUGGCUCUUGGCUGAGCUCAGAGGCAAGCGCCCUCUUUUUGGCCAUGAUCUUCCCAAGACUGAAGAAAUUGCUGAUGUCCUAGACACAUUCCAUGUCCUCUCGGAGCUCCCUGCUGACAAUUUUGGUGCGUAUAUAAUCUCAAUGGCAACAGCACCAUCCGAUGUACUUGCUGUCGAGCUUCUACAACGUGAAUGUCAUGUGAAGCAGGCAUUAAGGGUUGUUCCAUUGUUCGAAAAACUAGCUGAUCUUGAUGCUGCUCCUGCUGCUGUGGCUCGUCUCUUCUCAAUAGAUUGGUACAGGAAUAGAAUCAAUGGGAAGCAAGAAGUUAUGAUAGGGUACUCUGACUCUGGAAAAGAUGCUGGCCGUCUAUCUGCAGCUUGGCAGUUAUAUAAGGCUCAAGAGGAGCUUAUAAAGGUUGCAAAGCAGUAUGGAGUUAAGCUGACAAUGUUCCAUGGCCGGGGAGGUACAGUUGGCAGAGGAGGAGGACCCACCCAUCUCGCCAUAUUGUCUCAGCCACCCGACACAAUUAACGGAUCACUUCGCGUGACUGUUCAAGGUGAAGUUAUUGAGCAGUCCUUUGGGGAGGAGCACUUGUGCUUUAGAACACUCCAGCGUUAUACAGCUGCUACGCUAGAGCAUGGAAUGCAUCCUCCCAUCUCACCAAAGUCAGAAUGGCGAGCACUCAUGGAUGAGAUGGCCAUUGCUGCAACGAAGGAAUACCGUUCCAUAGUAUUCCAAGAGCCCCGAUUUGUUGAAUAUUUCCGCCUUGCAACACCAGAGUUGGAGUAUGGUCGAAUGAACAUUGGCAGCCGUCCAUCAAAAAGGAAGCCGAGUGGUGGCAUUGAAUCACUCCGUGCAAUACCAUGGAUCUUCGCAUGGACUCAGACCAGGUUCCAUCUACCAGUAUGGCUUGGCGUUGGCGCUGCUUUCAAGUAUGCCAUUGAGAAGGAUAGCAAGAACCUUCCUAUGCUUCAAGAGAUGUACAAUCAAUGGCCGUUCUUCAGGGUCACAAUUGACUUACUUGAGAUGGUUUUUGCCAAGGGAGACCCAGGAAUUGCAGCUUUAUAUGACCAACUUUUAGUGUCCAAGGACUUAUGGUCGCUUGGAGAGCGCUUGAGGGCCAACUACGACGAAACCCGGUGCCUUCUUCUCCAGGUAGCUGGGCAUAGAGAUCUUCUUGAAGGAGAUCCAUACUUGAAGCAGAGGCUCAGUCUUCGUGAUCCAUACAUCACCACCCUUAAUGUUUGCCAAGUAUACACUCUGAAGAGGAUUCGGGACCCAAACUACAAUGUGGAGGUGCGGCCGCACUUGUCAAAGGAGUACAUGGAGUCUAAGGCAGCUGCAGAGCUCUUACAACUUAACCCUUCUAGCGAGUAUGCUCCAGGUUUGGAAGACACCCUCAUUUUGACCAUGAAAGGCAUUGCUGCUGGUCUGCAGAACACUGGUUAAGGGACUUGUCCAGUGCAGAUUUAAAAUACGGACUACUGAAUCUCUGUUGAUAAACAGUAGGUCCACUUAUCAUUUCUCGCAUUUUAAAUACUUUUAUAUUCGCACUUUAAGUCUACCUGUAUGGAGAAUUUAUAUAUAUAUAUAUAUUCAAUAAAUGCACUAGACAAUCA